GAUGAGUUGGCCGUGCUACCGGAACCAAAACUGAAUCGUUCGCAUACGGAUCCUGCGUUUGCCGCAGUUAGCAAGACCGUGAUACCGGGUACAAGAAACGAGGAGAGUACGCGCGUCAGUGAAUUGCCGCCGCCAGCAACAUCACAGGUCAGCGUAAUUAUCCGGCUUAUGAACAACUUGCGGGGGAAAUACACCAGCAAGAAGGAAGAAAAUGUUGCUUGGCUUUGUGUUUGA